UUACUGCAGCUCUGGCUUGGUCAGAGACAAGACAACAAUGUUUCCUUAGAGAUUUUCUUGAAAAAUGGUGGAAGCAGAUCGUCCAGGGAAGUUAUUUAUAGGAGGCCUCACUAGAGCAACAAAUGAAACCGAUCUGGAAUCAGUUUUUGGAAAAUAUGGCCGCAUAGUAGAAGUUCUGUUGAUGAAAGAUCGGGAAACCAACAAAUCCAGAGGCUUUGCUUUUGUUACUUUUGAGAAUCCCGCUGAUGCAAAAGAUGCUGCAAGAGACUUGAAUGGAAAGUCCUUAGAUGGAAAAUCAAUUAAGGUGGAACAAGCCAACAAACCAUCAUUUGAAAGAGGUGGUAGGCGGGGCCCACCUCCUCCAAGAAGCAGAAGUCCUCCAAGAGGUCCUAGACAUGGAAGAGGUGGAAGUGGUGUAGCAAGAGGGCCACCUCGUGGAGGUCACAUGGAUGACAGUAGGUAUUCUCUUAAUUUCAUCAUGGGUUCUUCCAGGGCUCCACCCCCAGUUAAAAGGGGUCCACCUCCACGAAGUGGGGGACCUCUGCCUAAAAGAUCUGCACCUUCUGGACCAGUGCGUAGCAGUAGUGGAAUGGGAGGAAGAGGGCCAGUGUCUCAUGGAAGAGAUAACUAUGGAGGUCCUCCACGAAGAAAACCAGUGUCAUCACGCAGAGAUGUCUGUAUGUCUUCAAGAGAUGGUAGUGACAGUAAUAAAGAGAGUGACCGUGAUAGCAAUGGCAGAGGUCGUGAUAGAGACUCUUCAGAUCAUCCAAGUGGAGGAUCCUACAGAGAUUCUUAUGAGAGUUAUGGUAACUCUCAUACUGCUCCUCCUGCUCGAGGUCCUCCUCCCUCUUAUGGAGAAAGUAGCCUCUAUGAUGAUUAUAGCGGCACAAGAGGUGGAUAUGAUGGAAGUCGUGAAAGUUACUCAAGCAGCAGAACUGACAUCUAUUCAAGUGGUUGUCAUCAUAUUGGCAGACACUGGAGAGGGCUUCUGUCUUCAAUGGAUAGGGGAUAUCGUGCCCUUCGUCAUUCAUAUAGGAGUUCAAGCCCUGGAGCGCCAAGAGGCGGUGGCUGUGACUGAUGCCGAUCUGGAAGAGGAGGCAGAGAGGCAGAAGCAGCUAUUAAAAGAAAUAUAAGUUUUUUUCAAUCAAAAUGCCUUUUCAAAGAAAUUGGGAAUUGAGUUUAUUUUGUGAAAUUGUCUGAAAUAAUGCUAUGUUGCUUUGUGCCGUCUUAGUACCCUCUAUGAUAGUCCAUUCUUGCAAAAGCUAAAAUUUAAAAAAAAGGAAAGUUAAAAAGGGUUCAUAUGUCUUUUGUGAAGUAAGAGUUUUAAAAUAAAGUUUUUCUGAACUUACUUGAUUUUCUUGCUGAAUUAGACAUUUUAAGAU